AUGGCCUAUCGGGAAAAGUUGCCAUCGAUGGAUUACACGGUCACAGGGACCGAUUCCCUGGAGAGGAUCGCCGCCUCCCACGAUUGCACGGUCGGCGAAUUGAUGAAACUCAAUCGGAUGAGCUCGCGUAUGGUUUUUCCUGGUCAGAAGAUUCUCGUGCCAUUGUUAACGUCGGACGACGUGUUCGAUGCCGAAUCCCGAUCUGCCUCCACACCACGUCCUAUAAAUCAAGUAGCAGGGAGUGAAAGCGCUGCAGAUGGUAUUCGAAAAGGGCCGGGAGGUGCUGUACCUGCUACGCAUCAACGAGCGGGUAAUCUGACGAAAACAAGAAGCGCUCCGGUUUCUGGUAGCGAUGAAGCAGAUUCAGACUGUCUGCAGCGAUUUUUGAAAAUCAAGGUCAAACAAGUAACGGAGUCUGAUGGAACUGUGUCCGGCACGUUACUUGUUACUCCCAAUUGUCUCAUGUUUGAUCCAGACGUCACUCACCCGCUAGUCAAAGAGAAUGGGCAAGAUUUAUAUGGAAUGGUUGCAAACAUGGACGAAAUCGUCUCAGUCUCAGUGUACAAGGAAAUAACUGCACUAACUGGGGAUAAGACAGAUAAGAAAAAGGAUAUAUUCGAUCCGAAUCAUAUCAGGACUGAUGCUCCGCAGUCAGAAUCGGUAGUUUUUCAAGGAGGCGACGUGGAGCUGCCUGAGCCUGAAAGUGAGUCGAAAGACGUCCCAGAUGAUCCUGUUCAACAGGAGGCUGAACCGCUUGAGUCGGUUGACAACAUGAAAGUAGAUGAAGUAGAUGCUAAUGGACAGCAUUCCUCUAAAGCCGGUAGUGAAACCCAUUUACCAUCUAUCGAUGAAGAAUCUCAACUUCUGAAGUCACCUGACGAAGAUCCUAAAAGCAGAGCGAACAGUGAUUUGACAAGCGAAGAGUUCGCUGCAGUGCAUGUACGUCAACGGUCCUCGUCGUCGUUAACAUCUUCGUCAUCUCAUGAAGAAAGACCGCGUUCAUUUUCUGAACUAGAUACACAAGGUGGAUUUGGGUCACGAUUUUCACCAAACGUUGCGCGAAGGUCGUUCGGCAAACUUGGACGCACCCUUAGUGCUCGUGCGAAGUCGAUUCAGGGAACAGUAACUCAAGGCACGAAACAAGUUGCUCAUGGCGUUGUUACCCACACAAAAAGCGCUGCAGAUUCGCUGCAAACGGGUCUCGAGACAAGUGUCAAAGUGGUUGGCGAAGCGGCUAAUGCGGCAGCGAAUCAGGCGAAGGCUGCUGCCGAUGCUGUGGCAGCAGUUCCAGGCCGUGUUGUGGAUAUGGGAACAUCGUUAGUAUCGGAUGGCAUUAAUGGAGUGCAAGAAAUGUUCAACGUGGAUGUGGAGGAGCGCAGUGCGACUCAGCUGAAGAGGGAACAAUCGCUGGCUACUUUGGAAGGUUUGAAGCAACGAACUCAGCAAGCUCGAGACGAUUCUGUUGCGAAAAAUAAGCAAAGCAUGUUCUCCUGUGCUACCUCAUCUGACGAAGUCCCUGAUCUUUUCUUUGCAGUUGAUGAAAUUGUUGGUCGUGCACAGUCGACCGAUGAUGCUGCUGCUUCUCCAACACUUCCCUAUUAUAUGGCAGUUCGACUGACGAGAAAGAAGAGGAAAUCUAGAAAGUCUUCCCCAAGCCAUACUUCUUCCGUGAGCUCAUACGACGAGGAUUGUGCCUUUGGGAAUAAGCUGAAGCGAGAGUUUUGGUACGCAGUACCACGUUCAAAAGCUGACAACAUUUAUCAUUUUCUCUUGCAGUGGUCACCGGAUAAGUACGGUCAGGAUACAACCACAUCUACCCUAGACGAAUCGUCUAUUGCAAGCGCGGUGAACGACUCAUCAAGAGACGAUCGUGGAUUCAUCGUGCUGGAUUCGACAACGGAUGAUAAUCUUGCCGAUUUGGAUCCAUUUUGGACUCCUGCGACCAUCAACUUCCGUACUCUAUUGCACUUGUUGGAUACUACUAACGACAACGAAUGA